GUUUUUGUCACACCAAGCGGCGGCUUUCUCUCUCUCUAUCACCAUGUCGCUCUGUGUCAGCUAAAAACAAAGGAAUUCAAGUAUGUAAACAUUGUUGAGAGAGAAUUUGCAGCUAGGCCACGUGACUUCACCACUACGUCUCAGAACUUCAUGUUGACCAUCUCCCCUCAUCAAAGAAGGCUAUAGCCCAUAGGAUUCGUGUUGGUUGAACACGUGUGAGUCAGAGGACUCUACACAACAACUCGGUCUAGUAUAAAUGAAUAAACACUUUCAAUAGAUUGAACAGACAUACUCUUAAUUAUCUCUUUCUUCCUCCAUGGCCACUUCGACCACUCUUCCUUUAUAUGAAAGAAUCCAGCGCAAAAACACCGUACAAAGAAUCUUUGAUGUCAUAAUCUUCUUCCUUCUCCUUUCUCUCCUUGUUUAUCGCCUUCUCUUCCUCAACGACCAUGGCCUCACUUGGCUGCUUGCCUUCCUAUGCGAGUCAUCCUUCACCAUCGCUUGGGUUCUCAUCAUCAACACCAAAUGGAAUCCCGUCGAAUACAAAACGUACCCGGACCACCUCUUACAACGGACAAUCGAGCUUCGGUCGGUGGAUAUGUUUGUGACAACUGCUGACCCUGUUCUUGAACCUCCUAUCAUCACCAUAAAUACUGUGCUCUCUUUGUUGGCAGUUGAUUAUCCACCUCACAAGCUUGCUUGCUAUGUUUCCGAUGAUGCUUGUUCUCUUCUCACUUUUUACUCUCUUGUCGAGGCUUCAAAGUUUGCCAAGCUUUGGGUUCCAUUUUGUAAGAAGUACGAUAUUCAAGUUAGGGCUCCUUUUAGAUACUUUUCCAAUGACACCCUAUCAUCCAGUGAUAUCUCUUGGGAAUUCCGACAAGAAUGGAUGAGGAUCAAGGAUGAGUACGAGCAACUUGGACAGAAAAUUCAGCUUGCAGCCCAAAACUCAGUGGCGUGUACGGGGGAAUUUGCAGAAUUUGCAAAUGUAGAACGUGAGAAUCAUCCAAGUAUUAUCAAGGUUAUAUUGGAGAACAAGGAGGAUCUUCCAGAUAGGGUGCCACAUUUGGUUUAUAUGUCUAGGGAGAAGCAGCAUACGCAUCUACAUAAUUACAAAGCGGGUGCCAUGAAUGUCCUGACGAGAGUCUCUGGAUUGAUAACAAAUGCUCCCUAUAUGCUUAACGUAGACUGUGAUAUGUUUGUCAACAACCCAAAAGUUGUUCUUCAUGCAAUGUGCCUACUACUAGAUCCCAAUAGUGAAACGGAAAUUGCGUUUGCUCAAUUCCCACAAGUGCUCUAUGAUAGAUUAAAGGAUGAUCCCUACGGCAAUCAGAUGGUGGUUUUCUUCGAAUAUAUGGUACGUGGAAUACUAGGAAUUCAAGGAGUGUUUUACAACGGAACAGGUUGUUUCCACAGACGGAAAAUUAUAUAUGGUCUAUCCCCAGAUAAUGUAGAUUCGGUUGAUGACAAAUUGGCUGAGGAAAUCCUUUCAAAAUUUGGGAGUUCAAAGAAGUUGAUCGAAUCGGCUGCUCAUGCUUUGGAAGGGAAGACAAAUCUGGCUUACAAUCUUAAGGACUCUAUUAUUGAAGAAGCACACAGAGUCACUAGUUGCGAGUACGAAUAUGGUACUAGCUGGGGUACAAAGUUGGGUAUGAGAUAUGGAUCGAUGACAGAAGAUGUCUUAACUGGACUAUCAAUCCAGAGAAGGGGUUGGAGGUCAGUCUAUUGCACACCUGACCCUCCAGCCUUUUUAGGGUGUGGUUCCGGUGGUGGUUCUUCCGCAAUGACCCAACAGAAGAGGUGGGCCACGGGCUUGCUUGAAAUUCUAUUAAGCAAAAAUUGUCCCAUAUUUGCCACCCUCUUCGGGAAGCUCCAACUUAGGCAGUGCUUGGUCUAUUUGUGGAUGUUCUUGUGGGGGCUACGCAGCAUUCCUGAGUUAUGCUAUGCUACUCUUCCAGCGUAUUGUAUCAUCACCAACUCUUUCUUCUUGCCAAAGGUCCAAGAACCAGCAUUCUAUGUACUAGUUGCUGUCUUUGUCAUUUACAACCUAUACACUUUAUCCGAGUACCUACGAACUGGCCAGUCAAUCCGAGCUUGGUGGAAUAACCAAAGAAUGGCAAGAAUUAUCAGCAUGAAUGCAUGUUUUUUCGGAUUUUUGAGUGUCAUGUUCAAGCUUUUAGGAAUAUCAGAGACAGUCUUUGAGGUGACAAAAAAAGACCAAUCUAGUGAUGUUGCAAAUGAUGAUAAUGCUGGCAGGUUCACCUUCGACGAGUCCCCAAUUUUUGUGCCUGGCACAACCAUUUUGCUGCUACACUUGACUGCACUCAUUGCCAUCUUCUUCAAGUUGCAACCACCGGCUCAUGAUGGGCAUGGGUCAGGGUUAGGAGAGGUGUUGUGUAGUGUGUGGUUGGUGCUAUGCUUCUGGCCAUUUUUGAAAGGGCUGUUUGGGAAAGGGAAGCAUGGAAUUCCCAUGUCCACCAUAUUCAAGUCAGUUGCUUUGACAUUACUUUUUCUGCACUUGUGUAGAAAGACCACUAUCCGUUGAGCCCUUGUUCUCCCACC